UGGCACCGUUCUGUAUGUGUGAGUACUCGCCUAUCUGUAUCGAGAAGGAAAACGGGAGAGGGCUUCGGUGGAAAUUGCAAGUAACGUGGUGGCUUAUUCUUCAAAUUCUCGCUGUUUUUUCCACCUCCUGGCUCCAGCGACAGCUCCAACGCUCUGAUGGAGGGGGAAAGGUCCGGCGGGGUGGCGGGCGGAACAAAUCAAAGCCCUGCAGGAAGCGGAGCGGGGCGCAAUCCGAACGGCCCGAAGGCUGUGCUAGGUCCCGCUUCCACCGCAGCAGCAGCAGCCGCCGCCGCCGCGUCCGGGGCGAUGGCUGGAUCCUCCCUGACACGGGAAACGCAGGACGGCGAAGCGGGCCUCUCGCUGCCCGGGAUCUUACACUUUAUCCAGUAUGAAUGGAGUCGCUUCCAGGCCGAGAAAUACCGUUGGGAAGCCGAACGAGACGAGCUGAGGGCUCAAGUGGCAUUUUUGCAGGGUGAGAGGAAAGGUCAGGAGAACAUGAAGCAGGAUCUGGUGAGGCGAAUCAAGAUGCUGGAAUAUGCACUGAAACAGGAGAGGGCCAAACAUCAGAAGCUAAAAAGCAGCACUGACCAGAGUCCUGGAGAGAAGAAACCAGAGACAGAGGCUGAAACAAUACCCAAUGGACCUGCAGAUUCAGACUCUGAGCCAACCAAUCAGAUGCCUUGGAAAGAAGGGCGUCAAUUAUUGCGCAAGUACCUGGAAGAGGUGGGUUACUCUGACACCAUCCUGGACAUGCGCUCCAAACGUGUUCGUUCCCUGCUGGGUCGCAACAGUCCAGAGGCUAAUGGACAUCCUCCCAGUGAACCGCCUGCAGAACCAGAACCACCCCGCAGUGGAGGAGAAUCACUACUAGUACGCCAGAUAGAAGAGCAGAUUAAACGGCGUGCUGGGAAAGAGAGUUCUAAAGAACGGAUGGGCAGCUCUGUGCUAGAUAAAAUUCCUUUCCUCCGUGGCUGUGAGGACGAUGAUGAGGAUGACAGUGAUGAAGAGGAAGACUUCCAGGGUAUGACUACAGACUGCAUCGACGGACACCGCAAAAACAAGAAGUCCAAGGGCAAGAUAGGUGUAGAGCCAAUGACCACAGAUCUUGACCCUGAGGAUGAUGACGAUGAAGAUGAUUCUGAGGACGCUCUGGGCGAGUUUGAUUUCUUGGCCUCGGGAGUGGAGGGAGAAGGGGCAGGAGAGGCCCGUAUCUCUGGAGAUGGACGGGAACUGGGUUCAGAGAACCGCCGGAACAAAUUGCAGGGCAUUAUGUCGGAUUAUCCCCCCAAACCCACUCCACCGCCUUCUAUCCCAGGCCAGGCGCGCUCCAGUGAGGGGGGCGCUCUAGGCUUCUCAUCUGAUGUCUUCAUACUAGAUGCAGUCGGAGGAGGGGAUAUGAACCUCGGAGAGCUGGCUGACCUUACUGUUGCCAAUGACAAUGACCUCACCAUUGACUUGCAGGAGAGUCGAGAGGAGUUCAAGAAGACGUGGAACCCUCGCUUCACACUGCGAAGCCACUUCGACGCCAUCCGAGCAUUGACCUUUCACCCCAGUCAGGCCGUACUGCUGUCCGCUUCUGAGGACGGGACGCUCAAGCUGUGGAACCUCAACAAGGCCAUGCACUCCAAAAAAAAUGCAGCGCUGGACGUUGAGCCCAUUUAUACAUUCAGAGCACACAAUGGUGCUGUUCUGUCUCUGGCCAUGGGGGAGGAAGGGGAGUCGUGCUUCAGUGGUGGUCUGGAUGGAACUGUGCGUGGCUGGAAGAUUCCAGAUCUUAAUGUGGAUCCUUAUGACAACUACGAUCCAGGUGUAGAAAGCAGCGCGUUGUCUGGGCAUGAGGAUGCAGUGUGGGGUUUGGCCUACUCCUGCAGCCUGAAGCGUUUGGCCUCGUGCUCAGCUGAUGGCACUGUGCGGAUCUGGGACCCCUACAGUUCCUCUCCAUGUGUGUCUGUCUUCAACAAGGAGAAAGAACAUGGCACUCCUUCCUCGGUUGCCUUUGUAAACACUGACCCGUCUCAGGUCGUGGUGUCCUUCGAUGGGGGCGAGACUCUGCUUUAUGACCUCAACACAGAGCAAAGCAUCAUGGUUCUGGAGACCCAGGCUAAGGAUGGCAGCGAGCUGAUUAACUGCGUUGUCAGCCAUCCGUCCCAACCGAUUUCCAUCACAGCCCACGAGAAUCGCACCAUCCGCUACCUGGACAACAAAACAGGGAAAGUGAUUCAUUCCAUGGUAGCUCACCUGGAUGCUGUAACCUGUCUCACCACAGACCCUAAAGGCACUUACCUCAUCUCCGGCAGUCAUGACUGCUCUGUGCGCUUGUGGAUGCUGGACAAUCGCACGUGUGUGCAGGAGAUCACGGCACACAGGAAGAAGCAUGAUGAGGCCAUCCAUGAUGUGGCCUUCCACCCCUCGCAGCCCUUCAUCGCCAGCGCUGGGGCCGAUGCGCUCGCCAAAAUUUUUGUUUGAUUUCCUUACCGGGGAGCAACCCUCAUGACUGGGCCAAAAGAGUGAAACACCGAAUAUCCAACAAUGCGCGCACACUCUUUCUCUCUCUCUCACACACACACACACACACACACACACACACACACACACACACACACACACACACACACACACACACACACACACAGUCACACUAACUUUGAAAGGAACAAUGUUCUACACAUCACUGCCUGUGUUAAAGGCAUGGAACUCAAUAACCCAUAAUCCUUUUAUCAAUGCCUCACAUUGUGAUAUGAAUUGUACUUCUUUUAAUACUAAUGAUUUUGCUGCUCUUGUCCUGAUUACAUUGUUAGACAACACUAUUAAAUGUAAUUUCUUUCUGACUCUGCACAGUGUGUAGAGAUGGAUGUCCACUCUGUUGACAGAUGGACACAUGCAAACACACACCUUAACACAACACACACCCUAGAUUUAAUUUCAUGCAUGGUUUAAGUUGAGGAUUUGAAGGCUUUCGGUAAACAAGACAUUACCCAAUCCUGAACAUUUUCUCAAUGUAAAUUGCAUUAGUGCUAAUCUGUGAAUUAAUGUCCUCGCGUAACUGUUGCCUGGUAACGUGGGGUGAUUGAUGCAUUUCAUUCCAAAGACUACUUUAGAUGAGUUUCUUUAUUUAGCAUUUACCUUUAGCUUCACAGCUAAGAGCCUUAGUAUUUCAGAGUUUCAUAAUCACAUCCUUGCAUUUCAUUUGUAUAUCAUGAACUAAAACCAAACACAAGUACCUGCAUGUGUGCGUUUGUGACGGUGUCCACACAAGCCUUUGUAAUCACUGUCAUCAUACAUCAUCCGGUCAGGUGAAGUCAUCUGUAAUACUCAACAACUGUCAAGUAGUGUGUUUGUUCUAGUGUUUGAUCAGUCGGAAGAAUUUUUUGGAAGAUCUUCAGUUGGGUGCACAGGAGUUCAAACUCUUUCUGUAUAUAAACAGAAUGUGCUGAACAUAGCACACUGUCUCACAAUCUUGGUGCUAAGAUCUCUUCUGAAUCAGGGACCUGUUUACAUUGCUGGUCAGAAAGCAUCAAAUCUCGGUUGAUGCCUGCCGUUCCUCGGAGUCAUAAUCUACAGUUCUUUGGCAUUUCAGAGUUACAGCCAAUGUCUCUAGAGUUUCAGAAUUCUGAAGUGCUUUUGUCAGGGUAUUUUUUAAGACGAUAAAGUCCAACAAAGCAGAUGCACUCUAGAGGAUCUUGGGUUGUCGCCAAAGAACAUGAAUACAAAUUCCAGUGUUUUUACAAAUCCCAUUACAAAUUCCAGUGUAUAGCUGUAUUAUAAAAUCAGUAUCCUGUAACUGCAGAGUUCUUGGGAUGUCAAUUAUCUCAAGCUCUGGGUCUUUCUUCUUUUGCUGAGAAGUGCACUAUGUGUGAUCCAGGACUUUGAGAGGUGUCUAUAGUGGGAGGCUUGUCUCGGUUAGAGGUAUCCUGGGUGAACUGGCUCAAAGCAAAGGUCCAAUUGGCUCUUUGAGUGAGGAAAAAGAUUGCCCCCAGCGUUCUAUUGACUACCCAAGGAAUCCAUGCACAGUACCCAAACGGGUGAGAUAGAAAUUCAAAAAUGUAUUUUGAUGCUCCUUGUGGCUUUAGCGAGAUAGAAGGUUUUGUAGGGUAUUCAAAGUAAAAUGGCUCAAAGCAAAGCUCAAAUGGGCUGUUUAAGUGCAGAGAAAGCAAUGCUCCAGCUUUCUGUUGACUUCCAAGAAAUCAAGAUGCAACACUCAAGCUGGAGGGAGACAAAUGGGAAAAGUUAAUUUGGUGCACUUUGUGGCUUCAGCCAAGACAAUAUAGAAGAUGUUUCAGGAUAUUCUGAUUACAACGACUAAAAGCAAAGAUAAGAUGGGCUCUUUGAGUGCAGAGAAAGCAGAGCUCCCAGCUUUUUGUUGACUAAACGAUGAAUCAAGAUGCAACACUGGAAACUGUAGGGAAACUAAAUCAAAGAGUCCAUUAGAUGCAUCUUGUGGAUUGUGCGAAGGCAAGAUUGAUUAUUCAGUGUAUUUUGGAUAAAACGGCUCAAACAAAGCUCAGAUAAGUGAAGUUGCUUUCUAAUGACUACCCAAGAAAUCAAGAUGCAAAAUUGAAACUGGAGGGAGAUAAAUUCCAAAGUCUGCUUGAUGGACCUAACAGCUUUAGUCAAGGUGCAAUGGAAGGUGAUUAAAGAGUUGGAGCCAGAUCUGAACUUCAGUUCCCUUGAUUUCUGCUCUGAACUCUCGAGAUCAAAGGUCACAUCACAUAUUAGCAGGUUUUCAUUCUACAAGGUUUAUAAUAGUCUUUUACUGGAUUUCUGUGGUCGUAGAUGGAUGGCCAGAAGGACGGAUAGAAGAGAUGGAAAGACUGAUGGGUUGAGCGCCAUAAAGAUCGCUCUAGCAUAAUGGAGACAUUUCAGAUCUUAACAAGACCAGCUCCACCUAAAGUUGUCCCAUUCAUCCAACAUAGAAAACAAGACUUCCCACUUGGGGCGUCUGGUGUCUAGCGAGAAAAGCAGGUUUGAUUUGCAAGUUCGCAAAUCUACGAAACCUCUUGGAGUGGUUUAAAGGAAUAGUCCACCCAAAAAUAAUAAUAUAACGUAAUAUUUGGGUGAAGCAUUCUUUAUUUGGACAUAGGUAUGUCUUUUGUUUUCUUUGUAUAUGGUUGAGGCCACAGAUUUGUUUUGGGGUACUUACCCAGUCAGUGAAUGUCACACAUAACUGUUCAGUGGCAUCCCAUAAUCCUUUGCUGCUUACCUCUUUUCAUGUUAACUUCACACUGCACACUAACAGUUUGCUUUAUGCUACACUGCAUGUGUAGGAUAUGGUUCAUCCAUUUAUUGCUGCAUCAUUAAGUCCUCUUCCAAAGACUGCCGAUUGCAUGGGUGUUUAGACGAGUCCUGCUGUCUCUGUUGUACACCAGUUUUUCCACACCCCUCGAUGCAAUAUGAGUCUUUAAACUACAACGUCAAAACACAUGCCUUACAGAGAGAGGGCGAAUCAGUGUAAAAAGAACGAAACCGAAAAAGUUGGUUUGACAAGCUGCCAAUGCAAAAUGUAUGUUUCCCAUUUUUUUUUUCACUUAUUUGCUUUUCUUUACUAGACAUAUUAUCAUUAUGAUUACUAAUAAGGUGUAAGAAGAUGGUAGUACCUUUUUUACUAGGCUUAAGACUUGUUUGUGAUUGUGAAAAAGCCUAAAAAACAGAAAAUCUUAUGGAAAUUGUAAAAAAAAAAAAAAAAAAAAAAUCAGUCCACAGCCAAGGUAAAAUUACUUUUUGUUACGUGUUUUUAUUUUUGAAUAGCAAUUUAUCACUGUGUGAUAUUUUGUACAUCAUAGUAAGCUGUACUCAAACAAUAUCCUCUAACUACAAGGGAUAUAAAGACCAGCCUUUUAUUUAUUUUUGUUUUAAUAUACAUAUAUUUGAACUGCUUUCUAGCUCCUAUCAAAUUUCAUCUUUUCCUUUUCCUUAUUCUUGUUUUUUUCUUUCCUUUGCAGGUCAUGUGUUGUAUGUAAAAAAAAAAAACAAACAAAAAAAAAAACAAAUAAAAACAAUUUUGUACAGACAUUUCA